GCAAAGUAGGUAAUCUCCCUCCCCUGGUACUUAGAAACGGCCUAUCAGGGCUCAGUCAUUGCUUUAUAAAGGCUGUGAUUAGGCUACCUGGGAUGCGUCAUUGUUGGCCCCGCCCAUCCGGUACGUGUGCGCUUCCGCCUAACAAAGGUAUGUUUGUAGCUGGUCUGGCUAAUGCUGCAAUGAGCUCUUGGACAUCGGCUAACUAUAUUAAUUUAUUGUAGCUGGAGUCGCCUUUUUGCAGCUUGAAUAGCCCAUUAUUCCUGGCUUCGCUGUGGUUUUCAGGCUGUUCUUGCCACCUGGUUAGACUGAUUUCAUUCAAGUAAUCUUCUGAGACUUGUGCUGUGAGCAACUGUAUGAGGUGUGUGUAACGCUGUAGUCAAUACCUGGUAUGUAUAGAUACACAUGUAUAUGCAUUUCUUUUUAAUGGACACUUGAUUGUGUUUUAAAUUUAAUGGGUUGUUUUUAGUAGGACAAAGUUUUGGGAACGCCCGCCUGUUUUCGGGUGGGGAAGAUCGCCUCCUGCAUAAUAGCAGAUUAAAGACGGCGUUGCUGUUUUGCUGUUUUGCUGUUUUGCUGUUUUGCUGUUUAAUUAAGUUUUGUUGUGCUCGUAUCAUUGUAUGGUUUUUGGUUAUUGUUUGUUUUCGUUACAAUUGAUUUUUGUUUGAUUUUGUAGUGAUUUGUUAAAACUUUUGCUUUAAAUAUAUAUUUCUUUCCUUUUCAUUUUAGUUUUCUUUAAGUGACCAUUGUUCAUUUUUUUUUACAUUUUGUUGUGUGUUUUGGUAAUUGUUUCAGUCAAUCAGGCUUUAGAUUAAUUUCGUUUUGUACAUUUGAGUAAAUUGUGUUCUUUGUGUUUUAGGCCCCUGAGUCGGGUGGCUAGCUGUCCUAGUAUCCUGGUGGUGGUGGUGUUUGGAGCACGGAGUGUGGAUUGUCGUUUGUAGUCACUCACCUCACUCUGUGUGUGUGUGUGUGUGUGUGUGUGUGUGUGUGUGUGCUUUUACGAAUAGCCACUUUUGCAGCUAGCCUACCCUGCUAGGGGUAAGCUUUCGUAAAACUGAUUAAUGUAUGCCUGGUCGAUUCAUAUCUUUGCCUGAUCUUUUAAAAGGUGUAUUUUCUACUUUGUGAAUUUAAUAAAUAUUUGUAUACGCUAGUGCCUCUGUCUCUGCCUCCUAUGGUAACGAACCUGUGUGUCUAAAUUCCAUCAAGUAUUUAGUUCCCCUCACUUUAGAGGGGUGGCGUAGUCGGUAGUUAUAUCAUAAUUAAUUAACUUCAAGUUGCCACGCCACAUUCUGGCGUAGUCGGCAGGGUACCGUGUUUGGCGGAGACACUGGUAUUAGUGGUUGUAUUUUUUUUUGUUUGUUCUUUUUCUUUUAUUUUUCUGUUGCAGUGAGAUUGGUAAAGAGUAGCAGCAAAACAGCAGCGCACGUCUGGUGGAUUCUGAUUCUUUGUGAGUCUACUCCCUCUUGUUGGUAAGUGUUACGGCCGUCAAAAUUAUGGAAGAAGAGUUACAGGAAUUGAGGGAAGUAGUAGCUCAGUUGCGGGCAGAAAAUGAGAGGUUGCGUCAAGACCACUUUCUUGCGCUUCCUGGCCCUAGUGAUGCCCCUUCUAUUGUUCCUGGUCCUUCUGUUGCUGCCCCCCCUCAGCUAAGUAGUGCACAGGCAGUCCUGCCAGAACGAUUCGUUCUUGUACCUCGAGACAGGAAAUGUCAAAAAUUCAAUGGCAGGGUUGGUCUGAGCAUUGAUGAGUGGGUUGAAGAGGCCAAAGCUUGUAUGCAGGCUCGUCACCUGUCUGUUUCUGAUCAAGCUUUCUUCUUGUUUGACCACUUGGAGGGGGAGGCAAGGGAAGAGAUUAGGUACCGUUCGGAGAUUGAGCGAAAUGAUCCAGAUAAAAUUAUUUUGGUGUUACGGGAAUUAUAUGGUUGCUCACAGUCAUAUGUCUCAUUACAGGAGGCAUUUUUUUCUAGAAAGCAGCAGGAGGGUGAAUCAUUGUUGGAGUUUUCCCUAGCUUUGAUGGGUCUCCUAGAACGUGUGACGCAGCGAUCGCCGUAUGUUAUGCCAAAUUCACAAAUUUUGCUACGCGAUCAGUUCAUUGAACAUGUUUGUGACGUGGCUCUUCGCCGAGAAUUAAAACAGUUAAUACGUCGUCAGCCAAUGUUAACAUUGUUGGAAGUUCGAAGCGAAGCUCUUAGAUGGGAAAGGGAGGGGAUGUUGGGGAGUACGAGAGGACGAAGCAAUUCCGUUCCAUCCGCCUAUGGGAUCCAGUAUGGUGUACAAGGUGAGUCACGGGUGGGUAGAUUUCCUCAGUCACGUAGUCAGCCUCCUCACCGCGGCCCCAUUAUAUGUAGGAGGUGCCAACGACUUGGCCACUUUGCUGGAGAGUGCGAUGGGGAGCGUGUUCCCCCUCGUCCGCAACCCCCUUUGCCCACUGCGUCGUCAUCUGAGGGUAUACAGCCUGGUCCAUCUGCGUUGUCGGGAAACUAGUCCCCACCGUGUCGCCGAGCCAAGGCGCGGUUGGGGAAUUGACCGGCUCUAGUGUUUCAAGUAUGUCUCAUUUAAUGUCUUCAUGCCCGCACCUUGCUAUUCGAAUGGGUGGGGUCCAAAUUUCAUGUUUGGUUGAUACUGGCUCCAUGGUGUCCACAAUAACGGAAAGUUGGUUUCGUAAAUAUUUUGAACCAUGGGGUCCGGAUCGACUUAAGUCGUGCCAGUGGCUACAACUUCGGGCUGCAAACGGUCUUUCGAUUCCAUAUAUUGGCUAUAUGGAACUGGAUGUCGAAUUGUGUGGGCAAGUGAUUUCGGAGUGUGGAGUGCUUGUUGUUCGGGACCCUCCUGGUGGGAUUUGUGACCAAGUCCCAGGGGUACUCGGGAUGAAUGUCCUGAGCCGUUGUUACCAGGAGUUAUUCGGACAACAUGGCCCUGCUCUUUUUGAGUCUGCUGUAACCGUUGAGGCCCCUAGCUUUGUCAUGCAGGCACUUCAAUAUUGUCACCGUUUGGAAGACCAGGGUUCAGUAAGGCACCCUGGUCCGGUUAGGUUACGGGGUCGUGAGUCAUGUCGCAUCCCAGCUGGCACGAUGAAGUUUGUAGCAGCGACUUGUUCUGAACAAUGUGCAGCGGGGGUGGUACUGUUUGAGCCCCCAGAGUCUGGGUUGCCCGCGGGUUUGUUGGCUUCUCCAGCGCUGGUACAGGUCAUAAGAGGCAUUGCCUACUUGCCUAUGGUAAAUGUGGGAACUGCGGAUGUUAUGCUGCAUUCUAAAACCGUUUUGGGAGUGCUAAAUAGUGUUUGUAUGGUAAGUCUGCCUGCUAGGGUAACUGAAGUGAAAUCUGGUGUAGCCAUCAUGGCAAGAGGACCUGUUUCAAGGGUCUCUAGUGUUUCUUGUUGUGUAGCCGUCAAGGCCAGAGGACUUGUACCAAGUUUCUCGUGUUUCUUGUUGAGUAGCCGUCAUGGCAAGAGGACUUGUACGAAGUAUCUCGUGUUUCUCAUGGUGUAGCCAUCAUGGCAAGAGGACCUGUUUCAAGGGUCUCUAGUGUUUCCUGUUGUGUAGCUGUUGUGGCAGAGCACUUGUAACAAGUGUCUCUAGUGUUUCUUGUUGUGUAGCCGUCAAGGCCAGAGGACUUGUACCAAUGGUCUCUCUGUAUUCGCUCUACUAGCUUCCCAUAGCGAAGGUGAGUGUCUUGGGGUUAUCGUCGGGGCGACGAUAAAAUAGCUGGGGCAGAUUGUGGCAAAGUAGGUAAUCUCCCUCCCCUGGUACUUAGAAACGGCCUAUCAGGGCUCAGUCAUUGCUUUAUAAAGGCUGUGAUUAGGCUACCUGGGAUGCGUCAUUGUUGGCCCCGCCCAUCCGGUACGUGUGCGCUUCCGCCUAACAAAGGUAUGUUUGUAGCUGGUCUGGCUAAUGCUGCAAUGAGCUCUUGGACAUCGGCUAACUAUAUUAAUUUAUUGUAGCUGGAGUCGCCUUUUUGCAGCUUGAAUAGCCCAUUAUUCCUGGCUUCGCUGUGGUUUUCAGGCUGUUCUUGCCACCUGGUUAGACUGAUUUCAUUCAAGUAAUCUUCUGAGACUUGUGCUGUGAGCAACUGUAUGAGGUGUGUGUAACGCUGUAGUCAAUACCUGGCCCCUGAGUCGGGUGGCUAGCUGUCCUAGUAUCCUGGUGGUGGUGGUGUUUGGAGCACGGAGUGUGGAUUGUCGUUUGUAGUCACUCACCUCACUCUGUGUGUGUGUGUGUGUGUGUGUGUGUGUGUGUGCUUU